AUGACUGGGGGCGGCAGCAAUGCCUACACCAUCGAGGGCCUCAGUGACAGCCUGUUGGAGACCCCUACGUUCACCAUAGCCCUGGUGUACCUCUUCUUCCUGGUUCUCUCUGUCUCUUUUGAAUUGCUGGUCAACUAUGCUGACAGACUGCUGGACCGAAAGAACCGACCUGGUCUCAAGACCGGGCUGCGGAAGCUGAUCCUGGAGCUGACCCUUCUGGGGUUUGUGUCGCUCAUUCUCACCCUCCUCCAGGGCAGCCUCACGAAGAUAUGCGUCACCUACAGCCCCGGCCUGGCAAGCUGGACGCUGCUGGAGAAUGUCAACGGCUGCCCCUGCUGCCUGAGCCCCAUGCACCUCUCCCUCUGCGCCCAGAUGGACCACAACUGCCUCUUCAACGCGUCGUCCUCGGAUCCUUACUGCGACUGUGCAAACCCGGAUGCCCUGGAGAACUACAUCACCAGGACCGAGGAGAUCAACAGCAGCACCUGCGUGCGCUACACGGACAACGAGGAGCUCUUCAUUGGCGAGCUGUUCUACUCCACCAUGGAGCUCCUGUCCAAUGGCCUGAACCUCACCACACGUCAGAUGUGCGAGCUCUAUGACUCGGGAGCCCUGAUGGACGAGAUCGUGCAGCCCGGCAGUGCUUCGUCCAAGCUGCCUCCCGGUCGGCGACGCCUGCUCCAAGAUGACACCUUUGGCCUGGACCAGGUGAACAGCGACGACCCGGCCACCGGCGAGCACAUCCUCCCGAACGUCAACUCCUUUAAGUGCCAGGGGCCCUUCCUCACCGGGAACUGCCCCGCGGGCCAGGUCCCUGCCAUCUCAGCCACCACCCUGGUCCAGGCACGUGGGCUGGGGAUCCACCUCUGGAUCUUCCUCAUUGCCAUCUUCCACGUCGUCUGCGCCGUGAUCAUGCUCCUGCUGGCCGAGUGGCGGCUGCGGCAGUGGCGCGGCUGGCAGACAGGCGACCUGCUGCGCAGCGCAGCCCUGCGUCGCCAGCAGAGUCUGGCCUCCUUCCGGAGGGAGGUGGCGGGGCUGGGGGUGGCACAUGCCGUCGCAGACACCCGUGUCGCCGAUCAACCGCCCGCAGAGGGCGAGGCGGGGCUUGGUGGAGUCCCGACGGCCCGCCCCUCCUCCAGCUCCGCCAGCCAGGCCGGCUCUGAGAACGUGCUGGAGCUGCAGCUGGGGAAUGGCACGCCCAGGGACAAGGGUUUGCGAACGGCAGCAGACGUCGAGGGGCAGCCUGUGGGCCCGCCGCUGUCGUCGUUCCGGCACGCCGACACGGCGCCGGGCACGGCGCCGGGCACAGCGCCGCCAGGCACUGCACCGAGUGCAUCGCCAUCGAGCACAUCACCAGGCGCACCACCGCCGGGCGAACCGCGGCUGCGCCGCCAGUCGCUGGGUGAGACCUUGCAGCAGCUGAUGCAGUCCAAGAAGCGGCAAUGGAGGCGCAGGGACACGGUGGUCAGAGGCCACACGUCCUGGCUCCUGGAGGUGGUCUACUGCUUCUUCCAUGCCUUCUGGCCGAACAUGGUCACUCACAAGGACUUUUUGCUCCUCAGGCACGUGUGCAAGAGGGCGUCAUACAUGAAGACAUACGAAGUGAUGCAGCCCUUUGACUUUGUCACCCUGUCCCAACGCUGCCUGGAGCUGGAUGCCUCGCGCGUGGUGGGGAUCAGCAUCGAGAUGUGGCUCAUCGUCAUAGUCUUCAUCCUCGUCUCGGGGCUCAUAGGCUGGCUGGGGUCGCUGUACAUCAUCCUGGCCGCCGCCUUGACGCUGGCCGUGAACGUGAGUCUGGUGGCGGCGGUGCGCCAUCGCUGCCGCGGCGGACGGGCCAACGUGAUGGGGCGGCGCCGGCGCUGGUUCCGCGGCCCGGGCCUGCUCACCGCCGCCAUUCGCAUGGUGAUCUUCCUCUGCUCCCUCGUCUUCUCGACCACCGUCUUCUUCGCCUGGCAGUUUGGCCACUCCGGCUGCUUCUUCACCGACGAGGUCGACCUCUUCGGCUUCGGCUCGGUGGUGCCCUGGUGGGUCUCCCUCGUCGUCGCCUUCUUCCUCCUGGCCUGGGUCAGCAUGGUCACCCUGCCGGUCUACUCCAUGGUGCUCAACGCCGCGCCAGAGGACAGCCUGCUGGGGGCCGAGCUGCCCUUCCUAAAGGCCCGGAGUCCACGCUGCCGGGGGCGCCCCCCCGCAGCGCUUCACUGA